UUACAUUUCUGAAGGAUUCUCUGGAAACAUAAGUGAUAUAUUCAGCUGCAGAAUUAUAUUACCUCCAUCAUUACCUACUGCAAGAUAAACAGAUGUGGUUUAAUAAUUGUACUAGUAUUGUUGGCCAGAAAGUUGUUUCAAAUGUCGAUUAUGCCUUUCUUUCGAAUACAGAUGGUCCUCGAGUAAAGGUUAUUCCAUAUACAGAAAUUGCAAUGAAAGUGUUCUUUUAUCUUAUUGUAUUCCUAAUAGACAUAGUAGGAAAUUCGGUCGUUAUAUUUACCAUUUAUGUAAACAAACGCAUGCGCACUUCCGCCAACAUUCUCAUUGCAAAUCUGGCUGUAUCCGAUGUUUUGGUUGGAUGUUUCUGUAUGUGGGUUCACCUUGGGAACCAAAUCAGUCACAAUUGGCCGUUUGGAUCUUUUCUUUGUAAAUUUGAAACAUUUGUACAAGUAAUUGCUGUAGUUUCCAGCGUAGUUACCCUCACGUCUUUGUCCAUCGAGAGAUUCUUUGCAGUCAUGUUUCCCCUGAAGGGCACACUUUCCAAAAAUAUGUUAGCCUUUCUUGUUGCAUUCUCCUGGAUUGCGGCAAUAGGAACCAGUGCUCCGAACAUAAAAGUCAGGCAGAAACUGGAAAUUCAAUGGCGGAAUCGCAGAGAUAUUUGGUGUGACGAGAUUUGGCCUAGAUUUUAUACCGAUACAAAAUGUACCUCUGAUCAACCAGGGCGCCGAGCUUAUUAUGUUUUCUUGUCUGUCUUCAUGUACUUCAUUCCUGUUGUUAUAAUGCUGGUGGCGUAUGGAGUGAUUGGAAUCAAGCUUUGUCACCGACGAAUACCAGGAUAUGAAGUGGAUACUAAUAACGAGGCACAUUGUAAUGCUAAGAGAAAGGUUCUUAGAAUGUUCUUUAUAGUGAUGACAGCUUUUAUUGUUUGCUGGACUCCGCAGCAGGGUCUAAUUUUAUACAUGGUCUACAGAAACGAAGGACUAAAGGUACCUUCGUUUCUGAAGGACUUACAAUACGCGGCACUGUUUAUCGCCUACAGUAACAGUGCCAUAAACCCAAUUAUCUACGCCGGAAUGAGUGAAAAGUUCAGAAAGGGUUUCCAGGACGCACUUCAUAUUUGGUGUAGAAGAAACAGAGUCCAACCAGUUACGAAUGACAAAAAACAGUCUACAGUUGUUGAAAUGUCCACGAAAGAGGGAAAACAGUAUUCCAACAAGAAAGAUACUUUAUAUUGUAAAGAAAAUGUAACAUAA